CAAUACAGGUAUUUUUAGGAUGAAAAAAAUACACGCAUGGGUAUAAUGUAGGCAGAUUAAACACCAGACCAUACCGCCCGCAGUGACCUAAAACACAGACUUAAUUUGCCGUUAUUUAUUCGCUCGCCUCUUACUCGUCACGGACAGAGGAAACUGGACAUUAUCUCCGUAGCAACCCCGGGACUGCGACUGAUGCCGAGACAGAUUUUUCUUGGAGCGAUUGAUCGCCGUGUUGGGGCGCCUGCCGAUUCCGUGCCGAAGAGCAUGACUAUCCCGUAGCGACAAUUUCGUGUCAUUUUAGCGGUGCACCAGUUUUGGUUUUGCAUUUGGGGGGAAGCCGGUGCAGAACGUAACGGGCGCCCUGGAUCCACGAGUUUCCCUGUCGGUGAUGCGUUCAUCACGUUCGCCGUGCUGUGCGGACCGGGGUGCGAGUGUCACGGCAAAGAGGCGGGUCACACCUGAUGUCUCUACUGCGCUGCUGAGCAUGUCAGACGGGUUGGGGGAAAAUACAAAAGGGAGAAGCGUUUAGGGUUGAAUCAGUGCACGGGCUGCGUCUUUUUCCUUCUGCGUUGGAUCUCCGACCCUCGAUCCGACUGAGCUCUUCCCUUAGCCAGCAUCUCCAGAUGCUGUCGGUGCGCUUCCGUCUGCGGCUGACCAGCGAUCGAAACCCGUGACGGGCGGACCGUGAUUCUGCGCUGCCUGCGUCCUGCCACAAAUACAGUUCAAACUAAGGCAUGGUCCCCGGGACUCCCGCAGCCAUGCUACCGGCCUCGGAAGCUGCCAAGAUUUACCAGACGAACUAUGUCCGCAACUCUCGAGCAAUCGGGGUCCUUUGGGCCAUCUUCACCAUACUGUUUGCCAUCGUCAAUGUGGUGUGCUUUAUUCAGCCCUACUGGAUCGGUGACGGCGUGGACACGCCGCAAGCCGGCUACUUCGGUCUUUUCCAUUACUGUAUUGGAAACGGACUGUCCCGGGAGCUGACAUGCCAGGGAAGCUUCACCGAGUUCAGCUCCAUCCCUUCGGGCGCCUUCAAGGCCGCGUCCUUCUUCAUCGGGAUGUCCAUGGUUCUGGUCAUCACCUGCAUCGUCUGCUUUGCCCUUUUCUUCUUCUGCAGCACGGCCACCGUCUAUAAGAUCUGUGGCUGGAUGCAGCUCGCUUCUGGUACCUGUCUGGUCCUGGGCUGCAUGAUCUACCCAGAUGGCUGGGACUCGGACGAGGUGAAGCGGAUGUGCGGCGAGCAGACCGACAAGUACACGUUGGGCGCAUGUUCCGUGCGCUGGGCUUACAUCCUGGCCAUCAUGGGCAUCCUGGAUGCCCUUAUCCUGUCCUUCCUGGCCUUCGUGCUCGGCAACCGGCAGGACGGGCUCAUGGCCGAGGAGCUGCUGGCCGACAGCAAGGAGGGUGGAAAUGCUUAAUAACAAGAGGUCUGUCCCGAAGAACAUGCUUUGGGCCAGUAGGGGGCAGUUUUACUGCAAUCUCACCUUCCUGUCCCGAAGAACUUGCUUUGGGCAAGUAGGGGGCAGUCUCACCUUCUCACUUUCUACCCCUUGCCCCGCGGAGUGGAUCCUAACCUGAGUGGCGGCUGUGAUGCGAGGAGAGAGGCGCACAUCGGAGUGAGGGGCAGCCCCCACAGCACCCCCGCCCAAUUAUAACCCCCUCAUAAUUCCGUCAUAUCACUGCUACUGACUGGUUUAUUCUGUCACGCAGACACACUUUCUACUGUAAAAAUGUAGAAUGACGUCAUCAACAUUAGCGAAGGAACACGGCAGGCUUUAACGCACACAGGUCACGUGUUUAUGUCGGGGGGGGGGGGAUUCAGGAUAAUAACCCUGCAUUGUGUAACAUAGGACUGCGCGAUAGCGCCACCUCUCCCAUCACCAUCACCUCCACCGCCGCACUCACGUUUUAGUUAGAGGGAACGAAGACGUCCAGUUCUGUCGUGAAGUCCGUGUUAGUGUACCCGUGUCAGUCCGUGAACGGCACAAAGCCCCCACCUGCACCCAAAGACAUACAGCGGUCCGCAGCCGGAUGGAGGGGCGGGGACGCCCUCGGACAGCGCACCGGGCUGCCCGUCACUGUCACCGAGACGGACAUCGGGCAGCGCUUCUACCGCGGGAAGCCGACUACGCCCCCUGUUGGGUGUGACGCUCACACGGGUGCAGCAGCGGCUCAGGAAGACUGCGUGUGACCAUCGUGAAAAACCGGGGAUGUGCUCAAGUAGCCGACAUAUGUACUGAACUUAGCGUAGACCGCAGUGUGCGGAGUGUAAUGGUAACAACACGAACUGUAAUAUACAGCAAACUCCAGUUUAAAGAAAACAAAAUCAUACAUAACUGCCGGUGCUGGUAAUGAAAAGGCCAUGUAGAACUAUGUAUAUAAUAUAUAAAUGUAUUUAAUAUAUUCAUCAUAAAAGGCAGAUAAAUUUAUAGGUUUUGGUUGUAAGAUUGAAAUAUAACAGAUCAAAGAUUACAUGUGCCAUAUAGUAUAUUAAUCCAAAGAGUAGCUUUUAAAAUACUUUUCCUGUCAGAUUGUGGAAGGAUGAAGAUGCUGAUCCACUUUUAGUUCCUACUCUGAGAACCGACCCCUGCCAACUUCACACCCACUGUGUGCA